AAGGAACUUGGCCUCUUUUUUUUUUUUUUUUAGUAUCAAUAUUUCUUCCAUGGCCUUCACCACCUCCAAGCAUGAGUUUUGCUUUGUACUUGUACUUGCCUUCACUACUUUCCAUAUGGUGACUGCUGGAGAUGCAGAUAUCACCUCUAAUUUUGCAGUCCCACCAAAUGUGCCCUUUGUUGAUGGAAACUUCUUCACAUACACAGCCAUGAGGGCUCUUGUUGGGGCAGCUCGGCCCACAACUUUUAAGAUCUCGAAAGUAAGCAUGGUUGAAUUUCCGGCUCUUACUGGUCAGAGCGUUUCUUUUGCUGUUCUCCAAUUCCCAGCUGGUUCUAUGAAUUCACUUCACACUCAUCCUCGCUCUGCAGAGCUCUUGUUUCUCCUCACCGGUACUCUGGAAGUUGGGUUUGUUGAUACGACCAACAAGCUCAUCACUCAGACACUCCAAGUGGGUGACGUGUUCGUAUUUCCUAAGGGACUUGUUCACUAUCAGUUCAAUAGGGAUGCAAACAAUUCUGCCACAGCCAUCUCUGCCUUCGGUAGUGCAAAUGCUGGUAUUGUCUCAGUUCCCACAACUGUAUUCACUUCUGGCAUUGAUGCUGGGAUUUUGGCAAAAUCCUUCAACACUGAUGUUUCUACCAUUCGGGCAAUCAAGGCAGGGCUUGCACCUAAGGCCUGAGAUAGAAGAACUUGCAUUUAGUGUUUGACCGAAUCUGAUAUUCACUUCCUACACUCUCCUUUAUAAUCAUCUUGCAAUUAUGUCUACUCUGAGUUGCAUUUGUUUGUUUAGAAAAGAGAAAAUGAUCGAGUGAAAUAUAGUUACAGAAGUAUUCAACUA